AUGUUAGUUGAGGUAAUUGUUGGAUUUUGUUUAUCAAAUGGAAAUUUACUAUUUAAAACAAUAACAACAGGUUUAUACCAUCGUGAAUUUCAAUGUGUUAAUGAAUAUGAAUUACAACUUAAUCAAGAACAACAAAUUUAUUACAAAGAAAUAACUGAAGUAUGUGUUGGUUCGGAAGAACAAAAACGUCAAGAAACUAUUGCUGGUCUAUCGACAGGAACGACUCUUCAUCCAAUUUUAUCACAAAUUGUUGUAUUUAUUUAUGAAGAUGUUAAAGUUAAUUUAACAAUAUUAAUCUCUUCAAUGAGAAUGACAAGUGCAUUAUCAAAACAACAAAUCAUUAUAUCAUGA